CAAAAAAUUGCAUUGUUAUUAUGUAUAUAUAGGUUAAGUACAUUACAUUAUGUAAGACUACAUUAAUCUUCAAAACUAAAAAUUAAGGGGGACUAAUACACACAUUUAUCUAAUCAAAGUAUAAACAUUUUAUGAAAACAUUAUAUGUAUAAUAUUAAAAAAUCGAAAGUCAAAGAGGGGAGGUGCCCCCCGCCACCCCUAAAUCCAUCCUUGGUUGCGGACAUGGGUGAGAGCUUUGGGGCUAUUGACGCUUAAGAGAAGGAGGCAGAAGAAAAGAUAGAUGAAUUUAGGGUUUUAAUAUAUUAUGGGUAAAACGGCAAUAAGAGUCAUAUUUUUUAGAGAAAGUAUUGCAAAUGCAAUAUGAGAUGAUUAUAAUGUAUGAGAUGUGGAAGUACAACUCUUGUUCUGAUUAACAUGUUAUUUAUUGAACUUUCAGUGUUGGGAACAUUUAUGUUAAUUUUUGUGUUGUUUCAAAUGUUUGUAAAUGUGCGUUUAUUUUUCCAAAUAUAAGUCAACGUUGUCCGGUAAAAAUGAAAUAAAAUUUGAAAACAUCUGGUAAAUAUGUUUUCUAAUUUGGAAAACAAAAAAGGGGAAAACGAGAACAGAAAAAAGACUUCAGAAUUUUGAGCAUGUUUUAAUCCUGAUCAGGUUUCCUGUGCGGACCCUGGGAGUAAAGGUUCUGCUAAUUUGUCACUCCGUCCCUUUGGAGUUUGGAUUUGUUGUCGACUGCUGCUGGUUGUGACUUGUGAGUUUAGCUCCUCUUUUUCGUCUUCCCCCAAUCCCCCACACUGUCACUUACUCACUCUACUCGGCGGUGAUAUGGUGUAGGUUUUACGACUUUUCUCUCUCCCUUCUCUCCGUUAAUCGAGCUGCCAUGGAUAGAUACCAGAAGGUCGAAAAACCGAAACCAGAGGCUCGCAUAAACGAGAACGAGAUUCGAAUCACUUCUCAGGGCUUGAUCCGGAACUACAUUAACUAUGCUACCACUCUUCUUCAGGAGAGACAUGGUGAAGAUAUUGUCCUGAAAGCAAUGGGUCAGGCAAUCAGCAAGUCAGUACUUGUUGCAGAAAUUAUCAAGAGAAGAUUUCCUAGAUUUCACCAGGAUACUGCCAUCAGCUCUGUAAGCAUAACAGAUGUUUGGGAACCCAUUGAAGAGGGGCUUGAGAUUGUGGAGCAGACUCGCAAUGUUUCCAUGGUUUCGAUAACCUUAUCAAGUAAAGAACUAAACAAGAACUCUCCCGGGUAUCAAUCCCCAUCGCAUGCUGCUGAUAAGCGGAAACAUUAUAAUAACUACCAGCCACAGCUACCACCUAGACAGUCACGCCCUGCUUAUGGUAGUCGUGGUAAUGAAGAUUUUUAUGAUCAAGGAAGAGGUAGUGAUAGGAGAGGAAGGGGUUGGAACGGACGUGGUGGAUAUGGAAACUAUCAGGGGAACUACUAUAAUGGAAACUAUCAGGGGAACUACUAUAAUGGAAACUAUCAAGGGAAUUAUCAAGAGAACUAUCAUGGGAGCUACCAUAGAAAUUAUCAAGUAAAUGAAGGGUACUCAAACCGGGGAAGAGAUGGUGGUCGCAGUGGUUGGGGUUACCGUGGUUAGUUUACUUUUUAUUUUGCAUUUCAUGAUUUUCUCAAACUAGCUGUGUGCCUGUGCAUCAUUAUCAGCUUCUCAAGGGUGUGUUUGGAUCACAGAAAUGCUAGGGAAAAUAUAAGAUAUGUCAAGGAAAGUCGGUGUUCAGUUUUACAUCAGAAAAUGUGAAAGAAAAUAUGAAAUUUCUAAAUAUGUUUAGAUUUCAGUCUCUGUACACUAUAAAUAGUUAGAAUGAGUGAACAAAUAUAAAGUAUGACCUAAUUAAUUUGAAAAAAAUGUUUUAUUUUCUUUACAUUUUUUAUCCUUAAAAAAAUCCUCCCUUUAGUUUUUCUUCUCUAUUUUAUUUCCAUGGCAUUUCUCAAGUUCCAAAUGGACCGUUGAUGUCUUAGACUCUUAAGUAUUGGAAAUGAUAUACUUCAAAUUUGUUUGAUGGCAUUGGGAAUGUAUAAAUAAGCAGUGAUAUACACGGUGUUUGCAUUUAUUUGAAUAGGGUCAGGAGGAUAUGCAGGCGGCGGUAGGGGCGGAGGUGGUAGGGGCUAUGGUCGUGGAAGGAUGGGCAACCGCGGUCCUUCAAGAGGAGGUGGUGGGUAUCAUGACUACUAGGCUUGCCUGGGUUAUCAUGAAUUUUUGGGGUGGCGUCACUUAUCUACUGAACUGCUAGGCGAUUUUUAUUAGCACCCAAAAAGUCUUGUUUCAGUGCAUUGCAUUUUAUGAAGCCAUGAAAUUCCAAGUGUAGCUAAUUUUUGUCUGCCUUCAUUUAAUGCACCACUCUUACAAGUGUGUAUAUGAUGGGUCAGCUGCUCGUUAAUGCUCAUGUUCCAUAUUAGUUGUUCCAAAUUGUACUCUGAUUUCCUAGUUCCUCUGAUUUUAUUAUUUAUCCUAAACUUUGGAAAGUUUUUCUAUUAUUUGCUUUAUCUUUUGUUUCGGCCCUUGAUGAUUUUCCAUUACCCACUUUUUCAUUUUUUUUUCUUUUAACUACUUUCUCUACUCCUUUCUUUCUUUUCUACUUUUUCAUAGGGCUGGCCGGCUGGGACUUCUGAACCAAGAACCGGAGAACCAAACCGGACCGAAUUGUUAUGACCUGGUUCGGUUCGGUUCAAAAAUUUAUGAGUUAUUUGUUAAUGGUUCAGUUCCUAUUUUUUAUUAACAGUUCGAUUCUCGGUUCCUGAAAAAACAUGUACAUGGAACCGUUAUAUAUAAUAAUUAAAAUUAUAUAUAUUUCUUAUUAGUAUAUAUAUUUUAAUGUAUAUUUACUUAUCUAUUUUCAUAUUACAUUCACUAUUUUAGUUUAGUUAUUUAAUCAUUUGAAAUUAUUUUUCACUUAACUGGUUUUAUUGUGCUUCUUUAGCGAAUAUCCUGUUUUGUUUUCUAAAAUUUGCAGUUUGUUAUGUAUUUAUGUUUUAAACUCAAUUUUUGAGGUUUGAAAUGAUGUUCAACAUAUUUGUAUUAUAAUAUCAAG